UGUUUUAUUGUGCAUUCAGGCAAUGCAUUUUUGGAUAGUCACAAGUAUUAAGAGUUAAAGCAACAGACACGCUUAACCAAUCUCUGGCAUGGCAUCGUCACGUGAUGCUCCAUAGCAACGCUGGCUGACAUCAGGUGGUUCGGGCGCAAUGAAAAGUACAGGAUGGAGACAGGUCUAACAAGGUGUGAAGAAACGAAGCAACUACGUGCUACUUGGGCUCAUAAUGUGUCGGCAGCCUAUGUAAAGUAGUGUCCCGGGUUGUUCAAAACAUUCCAGCGGUUUCAAGGGUAACUGCGGAUCUCAGCCAUGAGUUACCUCAGCUCAGGGCUCCUCGAAGCGUACAACAGUCUGACAGAUAAGCACCUGAUCGGAUAUUUUAACAACACAAGAAUACGAAGACAUCUCCGGAGAGCUGGACUGAUCACCAGAAGUGGCCGGAUCGUCCCUGAGAAGGAGUACCGACUAAAGUUGAUCCACAGAACCCAUCAGAGGCACGUGCGAGAAUGUCUGGCUCAGGCCAUAUUCCACAAGGUCCUGGACAUGGAGCGAUCACACCAGACAGAGAUCAAAAAGAGGCUGGAGGAAUUUGCUAGGAGAGAGAGAGUGUACAAAAUAAAGGUGGAACGCUCCAAAAGACACGAUGAAGAUUUCAUCCCCAUGUUGUCUCCACGACCUCCUACGGGUCCGAGGGGGAGCCACACGCAGCACUCUGGACCGGAAGGGGAGCUCUCGGAGUCUUCUGAAUCUCCUGGCUCCUCUCGACCCAAUACUGCCCCUGGUAAGAUGCAGAGGCCGGUGCGACUCAAGCCCAUCGACAGGAACAGCACCACGGCCUCCAUGAAGAGAACCCCCCCUAGCUCCAGGAACCAGGACUCCUCCAACGACACGGACCAGCCACUCAGUCUGGACAGAGACACGAGGAAGUGGGCCACGCAAGAUUUCCACAGCACCGUGUCCCCGUACCGUCUCCCUGUCAUCAACAACCUUGUUACACCAGUGCCACCCCAGACCAGGAGGAGAGACAGGGCCAUGAAAGGCCCUCUCAACGGGACGAGAGGACGACGGCUACGCCCUACAACAGCCCCCAAUGUCCCCGCCAACACAGAGGACUCUGCCUUGCUGAGGACGUCAGUGCAGAGCAAGGUGACCGUCGCCAUGGUCUACUUUGGAAGGAGUGUUCAUUUGUCACAUGACCUGGAGGAGCUGGGUGAUGAGGUGAAGGUGUUCCAGCAGCACUGCGGAGGGGAGAACCUCUGUGUCUACAAUGGCAGACUGAGAGAGGGAGAGACCUUCCAGUUCAUCUCCAGACGGCACCGCGGGUUCCCCUUCAGCCUGACCUUCUACCUGAACGGCCUCCAGGUGGAACGUCUGAGCUCCUGCUGUGAGUUCAAGCACCGGAAGGGCUCUCGGCUGGGAGGCCGCCACGGCCACUUUGGGUUCUUCAGUGUGAAUGGGGCCCAACCCUGCUACAGGUGUAUCAUUGCCAUGGGGCUGGACAAGAAACCAACUCCUCCACCAAAAAGAGUGAGUGAAGACACCGGAAGCAGUCCAGCCAUUGCGCUCUGCCCUGACGGGGCACGGGAGCCUGCUGAGGUGCCGGGAGACAUGGUGAAGAGAAAAGAGCCGGAGACAGAGUCGACUCAACCAGACAGCCUCAAGACCGAGGAGGAGACAAUGCAAGACGACCAGCCCAAAGACGAUUAUGAGGAGGACUUUGAGGCUGACGACGAGGGUCCCGCUGAGGAUGGAGGUGAGGAGGCUGUCGGAAAAUCAGCCUCUCCCACUAAUGAGGGGAAAAAAGAGGACGAAAUCCAAGACGCCCCUGAUGGUGAGCUGGCGGAACAGAACAAACACGCCGACAGUGACGCUGAAGAUGAAGAUAAGGCCGAUCAGAAAAAGACUUGUCAUCCAGGGUCAUCCGUGUCAUCCGGAGAUGCCUCGAGCCGGUCUGGCAGCGAUGCGGAGGACAGUGAGGUCGAGGCGGACACCAGGGAGGACGACGCUGCCGAGACCCCCAAGGCCCCAGAGGUGACCCCCCGAGCUGAGCCAGAGCCUGAGCAUGAGGUGAACCUCCCUAUGGAGACCUCAGAAAAAGAGCAGCGGGUGGAGGAUGCUGAGAUGACGGAGGUGAGAUCUCCGGUGCCUCCAGAGCCAGCUGAGGCUGAGGCUGAGGGUGAGGCCGUGGCUGAGGCUGCGGCUGAGGCUUCACCAGCUGCUGUAGAGGCAGGCGCUGAGGCCCAGGACAGCGCAGGAGCCAGCCUGGAGAAAACCGAGCUGGAGGUAUCGGACAGCACAGAGCUGGAGGCUGAGGCUGAGGCUGUGGGGGAGGGGGGGUCUGCAACCGAGGGCGAGCCGGAGAGGGCCAAGUCUGUGCAGGAAAAGCUGGCAGAGGCCAUUCUGAAUGAGACCCAAUCGAGCCCAGAACCAGAACUCAGUGACACCAGCACAGAGGAGGAAGAGGAAGAGUCUGCAGAGAAAACACAACAAGACACAGAGGAGGAAGAGGAGGAGUCUGCAGAGAAAACACAACAGGACACAACAGUUUUUGAGUCAGAGACAAGUGUGACCUUCAGCUUGCCACAGCUUAACAAAGAACAGGACAAAGAAAGUGAAGAGGGCUUUAAAGAAAUUGUAAGUGACAAGACAGGCUUGCAGGCCAGUGAGGAGGAGCCAUCACCUGAAAAUGUAGAAAAGCUGGCCACAGAUGAACAAGCCGUGAUAGCAGAAGAGCAGGCCACAGAUGAACCAGCCGUGGUCGCAGAAGAGCCAGGUGUUGAGAAUGAGGUGAAGGAGGAACCAGCAGAUGAUAGCAGUACAGCCGCAUUAGAUGCUGAGACACCUGCUAAGAAUGAAAGUGAGAAGAACAAAGAGGUCGAGAUGAGCGAGGCUGAUGAAGCACCGUGUGUGGCUGAGGCCGAGGCAGAAAAGAAGGAGCAGGAGGAUGAAGAAGAUGCCAAGGAACAGACAGAGAAGGCCUGCACUGUUGCCAAUGAAACUGAAAGCGCUGGCUUGAAGAACAGAGAGGAAAUCGCAGAGGAGGUAAAAGAUACCAAGGACUCUGAAGCAUCACCAGAAGAGCAAGAGAAAGAUGAAGAAAAGGACUCAAGUGAGAACACAGCUGAAACAGUUGAGGGAGAGCCUGCAGUCAAAGAGACAGUCACUGAGGUACAGGAUAGGACAAGUGUGACAGCAACAUCAGAGAUAGGCCAGUUUGAGGAGCCAUCGGCUGAUGACACGAAGAGGCAGGGGACCCCAGAUGACCAGGAUAGGGUAGCAGAGGGUGACACAGAAAAUGCAGAUGAUACAAUAGCACAUGCUGACAGCACUGAAGAUGAUGCAAUAGCUCACGGUGACAGCACUGAAGAUGAUGCUGACAAAAGUAAGAAACAGGAACCAGACAGCAGCAUCGUUGAAACAUCAGAGAAACCUUCAGAAACAACCAACGUUACAAAAAGCGGAGAAAACGGUGGCGAGAAGUUGGCAGACUCAGAGAAAGUUGACAGUGAUGAGAAUGCUGUUAACGAUGGGAAUGAUCCCCAGAAUACCGAAGAGAAAGACGAUGCCAAAGAGGACAAUACAGAUGAAGGACAUAAGGAGGUUGAGCAAGAGACUGCAGAAAAUGAAAGCGUGAGGAGGAAAGAGGAGGAGGAGAAAGGUGUCGAUGAACUGAGACAAGACCAGGACAAAACUACAGAAAAGGAGAGUGUAGAGGCUGCCGAAGAGCAAGCUAAGGUAGAGGAUGGUGAACAGCCUGAGGGGGAUAAAGUGGAAGAGGAAGCAAAAGAGGACGAUUUAGCAAAUACAGGAGAUAAAAAUGCUGAAAAUGAAAUAAAAGCUGUAGAUGGAGAUGCCAAGAGCUGCAUGUCAGAUGAUGAAAAAGAGAGUAGUGUAGAGGAUAAAAACAAAACCGAAGACAAGGUUGUUGAUGGAGAUGAGAGGAAUAGUAUGUCAGAGGGUGAAAAAAAGAAAUCGGUAGAGGGCGAAGGAAAAGAAAAGCUGGAUGGUGCGGAAGAUGAAGGCAAACAGGCCAAGGCUGAGACUGCUGAGACUGCAGAGCCCGCUGAUGAA